AUGAACAACAAUAUUGGCAUGGAAGUUGAGGAGACUGUAAGAGAGUUGAGUCAAUACUUCAAAACAGGAAAAACAAAAAGUGUUGCAUGGAGAAAAAACCAGCUCCAAGCUGUACUUGACCUUGUUCAUGAAAAUGAAGAUGCUAUAUCUGAAGCUCUUUACCAAGAUCUCGGGAAGCACCCUGUUGAAGCUUACCGUGAUGAGAUUGGAGGAGUAGAAAAAUCAGCACAAAACUCUUUGAUCAGUGUUGAAAAAUGGAUGGCUCCUAAAAAAAGCAGUAUGCCUCUUCUUUUCUUCCCAUCAAAAGGAGAGUUAUUGCCAGAACCACUCGGCGUGGUUCUUAUUUUUUCAUCAUGGAACUUUCCGAUCGUGUUGGCAUUGGAUCCAAUAAUUGGAGCAAUAUCUGCUGGAAAUGUUGUUCUGAUAAAACCAUCGGAGCAAGCUCCAGCAUGCUCUUCUUUUCUUGCGAAUACUCUUCCUCGCUACUUGGACACUAAUGCUGUAAAGGUCGUCGAGGGUGGAGGAGAUGUCUGUGAAAAACUUCUGCAACAUAAAUUUGACAAAAUAUUCUUCACUGGAAGUCCAAGAGUGGCAAGGAUAGUUAUGACUUCUGCUGCAAAAAAUUUAACUCCUGUGACUCUAGAGCUAGGUGGAAAAUGUCCAGCUAUAUUUGAUUACCUUUCUAAUCCUUCAGAUUUUAAGAUGGCAGUGAAAAGAAUAGUAGGAGCAAAGUGGGGAAUCUGUAGUGGACAAGCAUGUAUAGGAAUCGAUUAUGUGCUUGUUGAGGAGAAGCACUCAUCUGAAUUGAUAGAACUAUUAAAGAAGUUUGUGAGAAGAUUGUAUGGUGAUAAUAUGAUAGAGUCAAAGGUACUGUCAAGAAUAGUGAACAAACAACACUUUCAGAGAUUGUGCAAUCUUCUUAAAGACCCUCUUGUUGCUGCUUCAAUAGUUCAUGGUGGUUCAGUUGAUGAAGCAAACCUGUUUAUUGAGCCAACAAUCUUACUAGAUCCACCACUAGAUGCUGAAAUCAUGACAGAAGAAAUCUUUGGUCCAUUUCUUCCAGUGAUCACAGUGAACAAAAUUCAGGAAAGUAUUGAAUUUAUAAACUCAAAACCAAAACCUCUUGCCAUCUAUGCAUUCACCAAAGAUAAAACUUUCAAGAGAAAAAUUGUAUCAGAAACAUCCUCAGGAAGUGUCACGUUUAAUGACACACUUGUUCAAUUUUUAUGUGAUACACUACCAUUUGGAGGUGUUGGACAGAGUGGUAUUGGUAGGUACCACGGGAAAUACUCCUUUGACACAUUCAGCCAUGAAAAAGCUGUAAUGCAUAGAUACCUUUGCCUUGAAAUUGAACCAAGGUAUCCUCCAUGGAGUAAAUUUAAGCUAGAAUUUAUCAGAUUGGCAUACAGGUUCAACUACUUUGGACUAGCACUACACAUGUUGGGUUUGAAAAAACAGAACUAG